AUGUGGCAUUCAAAGAUUGAAUCUGUGAGGUGCUCUCUGAGAGGCCCUAAAGAUUCAAAGAUUAUCAAUUUCGCAAUAUCCCACAACGUGGAGACGCUUUCUUUGGUAACUUAUCACGCUCUUCCAGAUUUCUUCUUCAGAAACUCUUGUCUAAAGAAGCUCGUCGUAAAUUCACGAUGUGGUAAUAUGACUCCCCAUUGCAACGUUUCUUGGACAUCACUAACGGAUUUGUGUUUGAGCUACUCUACACUCUCUGAUGAAUCGUUUUCCAACAUUGUCUCUGGCUCUCCACUGCUGGAAAGCUUGACAUUGCAGUCUUGUUCAUUUGGCUGCCUUGAUCUGAGUGAAUCGCUGCGCCUUAGAAGGUUGGAUAUACAAGUAGCCAGUUAUGCUCCAAGAGUAGUUCAUGUUGUGGCUCCUCACAUCCAUUACUUGAGACUGAGAGAUUUUAAGUCAAAAUGUGUUUUAGCUGAUGUCUCCUCUUUGAUGGAAGCUAACGUAGACACUAUCUAUUACUUACCUAAAUUUUGGGUUAAACAAAUUGAGCUCUCCAAAGAUCCUGAUGAUCCCUCGAAUGAUGAAUAUCAAGUGAUGCUGCAAAUGAUGCUGGAAAAGCUUCAGAACGUUGAGAGCCUUACUGUUGGCCUUAGCUUUCUUCAGAUGCUAUCCAUUGCCGAGUUCCGUGGUGUUCCUUUACCGACGUUAAAGGUCAAGACAUUGAUUCUUAAAACAACAAUUGUGCGAUCUGCGGUUCCUGGUAUAGCAAAGCUGCUACAAAUCUCACCUGGAUUAAAGAAGAUCAUUUUUCACAAAACUGAAGAUUGGAACUGCGUAGUGGACCUAGUGGAGAAACAUGUUACUAGGUACAUAGACCGACAAGAUCUAAAAGACUUGAUAUUUCCGACUAGGUCAAUGUUUAGAGUUGCAAAGCCGGAUCUCUUGGCUUCGUUCAUGGAACUUUUGCUGGCAAACACAAGAACACUAGAGAUGUUGGUUGUCCGAUUGGGGAGUUGCCUUAAUAGAUCAAAUGUUGCUGAGCUGACUCAAGUUGCCCUGACGCUUUCUCACAAAAAUAAGGUCUCGAUUGUGCUGAAAUGA